AUGGGGGAGCCUGGGUCCAGGCAGGCCUGCUGGCUUCAGUGGAACUGUGGAGGUAACCAAGGCAUGAGAGUCCUGUUGGCUUUGGCAUGGUUGUGGGAGCAUGUGGAAGCAGGCCAACCCAGCCAGCUUCAGCAGGGCUUCAAGGGAGCCCAGGGUCAGUUGCAAGCCCACUGGCUGCAGCAGGGUGACGAGGGAACCCUGGGCCAGAGUGAGCAUAUUUACGAGGGCGAUUUUAUUCAUUAUUUUGCCCCCAGAAGCCUCCCACCUGUCAAGAAAAGCAUGGUAUUCGUUGUUGAUACAAGCGCUGGCUCUAUGUUUGGCACCACGAUGAAGCAGACUGAAAAGGCCAUGAACGUGAUCCUGGGUGGCGUCAACGACCACUUCUAAAUCAUCACCUUUUCUGACUCGGUUAGCGUAGCUAGCAUCCAGAACAUCCACAGCACCAAGGACUACCUGGGUCACAUGGAAGCUGGUGGUUGGACCAACAUCAGUGCAGCUCUGCUCAGCAUAGCAUUGCUAAACCACAGCAUUCCGGAGACUGGUCGGGGCUGCAAUGUGGGGAGGAUCCGUAUCAUCAUCUUCCUGACAGAUGGGGAGCCCACAGCCAGUGUGAUGACCCCUAGGGUGAUCCUCUCCAACAUCUGUCAGGCACUGGGCAACAGGGUGUCCCUUUUUAGUUUGGCCUUCAAGGAUGAGCCUGACUUCCCAUUGCUGUGUCACCUGCCCCUGGAGAACCAGGGAGAAGCCUGGUGCAUGUAUGAGGGCACUGAUGCAGCCCUAUAGCUGAAGGGCCUCUAUGAGGAGAUCUCCAUUCCUCUGCUGGCAGACGUGCAUCUUGAAGGGAGAGCCUCCCCUCCUCUGGGAGGCUUGGUUGGGGCCUCCCCCGGAACUUUUCCCCGUUAUUUUGGUGGCUCAGAACAGGUGGCGGCCAGGACAGGCACAGGCAGGCAGGUAGGAAAGCAGGAACUUGGCAUCCACCUGGCAGCCUGUGGCCCCAAGAGUCAGCUUCUUGUGGCCGUCAACAGUGAGGCAGCCACCAGCAGAGCCAGAAGAAACUCUGGUGUCCCAGGGGAGUGGGCCUACAAUGUAGCCCACUUCACCUGCUGCCUCUGGGCCUACACCACCAGUGGAGAUGCUGAGGGAUGCUUCCAAGCCUGUGACACUACCACUCGCCGCCUGCUGGACCAAGUCCUCAACCUGUCCCUUGAAUACAAUGUUGUCAUGGUGCAGCAGGAGGCAAGUGGGAAGGUCAGAUCACAUAUUUCCACUGCAGCUGUGCUAGGCACCAUUAUGCCUUCAUCCGCCAGCAGACGUGGCCUCGGGACAGGCACAGCCCAGUCAGCCUUGUUACCCAAGGUCUCUCCCAAAUUAGGGCUUGUGAAACCCAGGUCCUACUUAUCCUCAACGGCUCCUGGUACAGAAAUUAUGUCCAGUUCCAAGGAGUUGGAGCCACUGGGUCAGGACACUAGUACCCUAUCCACCCCAGCACACCCCAAAUCCCCAAAUCCUACACAACAGGAUUCUGGCACUUUGGUUCAGCCAACUCUCAGAACAAAAACUGCUGCCUUUGGGGCCCUCAAACUCUGCACCCCAUCCCAGCCCAAAGCUGGCAUUGUGAAACAUGAUAUUCCACUGUCCUCCAAACCUGGUGUUCCAUCACAACCCAAACUGGAUGCUCUAUCACAUUCCCAACUUGGGGUACUCACAUCACAGUCACCCAAAAGCUUGCCACAGGCCAAUCCUGGAGUCUCCAUGCUUCAGAUCUUCAAACACUAUCACAAAACUAGACCAAAGGUUCCUGCUCACAAGACCCCAAUCUCCAUCCAGGCACCCCAGUCCCAACACCUCUUAACUCUAAUACCCCAACUCCCCAAAAUUACCCAAGCUAUCAUUUUCCAAACCUUGGACCCCCAAUCCCCAAUAAACCCAAAACCCCCGUUACCCCCAAGACCUGCCAGACCAAUGCCCCUACCGCCUCAGGAUCCAAACACAUUCACAAGCACAACCUCAAGUCCUGCAAGUCCCAGCAAGACCAUGACCACCUCUGUCUUUGGAGUACCCCUCCCAAUUCCCUUUGACUCCGCCUUGCCUUCUGCUGCCCUGAGAAAGCUCUGGCUUCAGCAGGAUCUGCUGCUGGGGCCCCAAAACACCAGGCAAAUUCUGGGACUACCUGUGUCAGAAGUCCCAACAAUGGGCCUCUCCAGCAGCUCCAGGCCUAUGCCAGAAGAGCCCCCAAACGUGCCAGUCUUGCUGCCUUCUAGCAUCCUCCCUGAGGUGGCCAGCCUGCUCCAUCUCCCUGAGGAGCUAGAGCUGCUGUCUAAGUCAAUGGUGGAGUCCAUGAUCAUGGAGUCCUUGAACACACCAGCUUUCUAUACCUUCCUCACUCCUGAUGAAGAUGGUGAGUGUCACGGGCAAGAGGUCAAGCCAUGAGGAGGAGGUAAGAAUGGAGAGCUCCGGGAACUAGGAAUGUACAAAGCUUCUGCAGAUUCUAGUGAUGACAGUUGCCUGUUUGCUUGCUUUGAGACUUUGAAUCAGCUACUUAACCUCUCUGGGCCUUAGAACCUAAGCACAGAAUUAGAGGCCCCGAGAGAGGAGGGAUAUUAAGACUGGGAAAGCAAAACAGAAAGAAACUGAUCAAGCUGUGGUUUUUGACAUUUGCUUUGUUGGACAAGAGAAUUGCUCAUGUUUCCCAGACAGGGUAGGGAUACAGGGUUCUAAGUGGAGGCAUCACUGGGUAAGGCAGGUCUGAUUAGUUCUUUUGUGCUCUAUAUACAGCCCUGCUUAAGGAGAGGGGUACACAAAUUGGAAAAGAUAACAAUUAUCCUUAAAUUUCCUAAAGACUGUGAAGUAACAAAGGUUAACAUUUUUUAGUCCUUUGUAUGUGCAGGUACUUGUCUAUAUAUUACUCUUUUAGUCCCUGAUUUCAUACAUACACACACUCACACACACACAACCUGUGGAUACCUGCAUUUUACUCAUGGGAAACUGAAGUGCAGGGAACUGAAGUAACUUAUUCCAUGUCAUACAACUAGUAAGAGAUUUGGGCCUACAUCAUUUGGUUGCAGACUGAAUGUGCUCCACCACUCCAUUGUUCUCUCUUCCUAAGGAGAGCAACAUUUUUGGGAGACAUUAUGGGACAGGAUUAGAACCAGUUGGUGGUGGCAGUAAGUCACAGGGAUACAAAUUUGGGCAUGAGGUCCUUGACAUGCCCCUUCCCUUCACCACCGCCAAUAUCCCAUCCAUCUUCAAUUCUCGGCAAUGUUGCCUCUGACAUAUUUGCCAAAUGUACCCAGUUCUCACCACCCAACUGUCACUAUCUUAGGGCAGACUACAAUCAUGUCUACCCUAGAAUACUGUUCCAGUCUCCUCACUGGUCUCCCUGCUCCCUCUCUCGGGAUAAUUUUUUCCUUCUUCUUUCUUGCUUUCUUUCCUUCAUUCCUUUCUUUUCUUCCUUUCUUCUUUUUUUUUUUUUUGCCAUCCUUCCUCAGCAGCAAAAGGAUUAUUUUAAAAACAAAGAUUGCUUCAUGUCCCGCUCGCACUUAACCCCCCUCAAGAGUUUCCCAUCUUACCUAGAAUGAAGCCCAAAGUUCUUUUUAUACCCGACAAGGCCCUACGUGAUCUGCCCUCUAUCCUAUACCCCUCUGACCUCACUUUUUCCCACUCGCUCUCUGAACUCUAUCCACCCCCUGACCCUGGCCUCCUCUCCAUUCCCUAAUGGGCCCUGCCUCAACCCCAUCUCCACUAAGGGACCUCUCUCAAGCUGUUCUAUUUGAUAAUCGCUCUGACCUUACCUGCCCUGGCCCCUGUCUACCAUGCUCAUCUUUUGCAUUGCCACUCAAAUUCUAGAUCACAACUUAGAUCGUGGCUCAGAUGUCCUUCCCACCCUCCUCCAACCACUCCAGACUUCAUCAAAUAUCUGUAAUUCCCUCAGUCAUUUAAGUAGUUUUUCUGGGGCUCCUGGCUGGUUCACUCAGUAGAGCACGUGACACUUGAUCUCGGGAU